AUGUCGACGAUAGCAAACUUCAUCGAAUCCCGCCUUGCACCCACCCAACAUGCCCUCGAUCUCGGCGACGGAUGCCACCCUGACGAGGGCACCGCCCUGGGCGCCUUUCUCGGCGCCAAAAUAACAGCCCAGCAAGCCGCAGCGUCCAUCACCGCACCCGGCCUGCGCGAACCCGACCCCGCCGCCGCCGUCCACCGCCUCAUGGGACUCCUCUGCGAAGCGCUCGUCGAGCUGGGCACCGACCACCGCACCCAACUCCUCGACCUCCUAGAAGCCAUCCAGCAGCUCCCGCCUUCAGAGCGGAUUGACUGGCCGCGGCUGCCAAACUUUGGCCCCAUGUGGGCCGACUUGUACAGGCUUCACAUGCAUGGACUAGACGGCUGGGAGAAGACCGAAAUGCCCCUAUCGGAGGCGAGGAAGAGUGAGCUGUGCCACCAUGAGGAAUCGGUCGCGGCGGCAGAGGCUCAGAUGUAUCGCCGUGGUUUGGGCGGCGUUACCCGCCAUUGGGGUUAUGCAUGGCUGAACUUGGUGCAGGGGCGCCGGCCGGGGUUGGGGGUUUUCAUCAGGGGCGCAUAUACUUGGCUGGCAGAAGCUGGGGUGCAGUUGAAGCAAGAGCUACAGCCAGAUGAGGUAGCCAGGUACGGUGGCCAGUCUAGCUUUGAAGCUACAAUGCCCGAGCACUGGGAGCUCUGGAGACGGUCUUUUCUGAGUAUCAGCCUAGACGAGCAGCUGUUUCCAGCUGACGAUAGGAAGCUUGCAGCAGAGUGUCACAAGCUAAUGUGA